AUGCCAGACACAGCCAUGGCCGAAGCGUCCACCACCCUCCUCUCAUCCCAAGUCUCGAAACCCACACCCUACACAUUCACACCAUCCUACCUCACAACCACCGACCCGAACCCUUUACCCGCCACAUCCCAACUUCUGUCACUUCCCCGACCCGAUCUCGAAUCCACCCUCCUACAGACUGCUCGCGACGGCGCCCAAUCCCUGUUAACCCACCUCCUCACGACCCCCACAGUUACAAUCACCAGCACGCCCUCCUCUCUUCUCAUGCAGCUCCCGCCGACGCCGACUGGCCCACUCCUCCCACGGCGCCUCCCGCUCCCCAAGCCCAAACCACCCACCAAAUGGGAGACCUUCGCCAAGAAAAAGGGCAUCGGGAAAUUCGGCGGCAGCCUCAAGGGCGGCGCAGCGCUGGACGAGAGGAAGAAGAACCUCUUCUACGACGAGGCAAGCGGGGAGUGGGUCAAGAAAUGGGGGUACAAGGGGAAGAAUAUGCAGAAGGAGGGGGAGUGGCUUGUUGAGCUGCCAGAUGGUGAUGGAAAGAAAGGUGCACAGAAGAAUGGUGGGGAAGAGAAGAGCGUGCGGACAGAGCCGAAGCGUGAACGUAUGGAGCGGGUGAGGCGGCAGUUGAGGAAGGAGAGGAAUAAUGCGAGGCGGGCGGCGGGGCGGUGA